AUGGGAAGUUUUAUGGAAAAGAAAAAUAUUCUGACAAUCCACAUCGAAUCAUUUUUUCUUUUAACCAUUUUAGUUAAUUUGACGAGUGUUUCACCCAUCAGCCCACCAUUACAGUUAAAUAUACAGCCACAAAAUGAACGAACACAAAGACUUUCAUUACAGAGGGGUUUUCAUCAGCAACAACAACACCAACAGAUUCGCCAUGAUAAACAACAGCAAAAUGGAAAUGAAUAUCAGCAAGAGUUGACCAAAACUAGUAAUAAACGGCAGCAACAAUUCAAAUCAUCUGAAUCAACUAAAGAGUUAAUAGAGCAACAAGAGAUACGGGAAAGACAGAUACUGUUGAUACAAGAGAAACAACGUCAACAAAAAGAGCAAUUACAACGGUUGGGUGUAAAUUUGGUCUGUGACACGCAUUUAUGUUCAGCUAAUACUGAAGAUUAUGGCGAUGACAAUGAUUUAAAUAACAAUGUUGGCGACAACAGUCUUCAAGCAGAUGAACCAACUGAAACCAAACAGUGUAGCUGUGAACCAGCCUGUACCAAGUAUGGUGAUUGUUGCUUGGAUUCAGAGUAUUCUAAAACAACUUUGGACAGUAAAAAUCACGGUAUCGGUAAAAUAGAUGGUCCUUGGCGCCAUUGGCAAUGUACAACACUACGACUGUUCAGCCAUUCAAUUCACAUUCUAACCAUAUCAGGGUGUUCACGAUUUUGGCCUCGAAAACCUGGUGAUUCAAUACAAGAAAAGUGUGAAGGUACCGGAGAUGCUGAUCCUUUCCUUUCAGUUCCCAUUUAUUCGCCUCGAUCCAAACACAAUUAUCGUAAUUUAUACUGCGCUGUAUGUAAUUAUGAUGCUACGUACGCUCAAACCUGGGAAACAUUUACCAUGUGUGUUAAAAACGAUUCACUUGGUCGAUGCUCUAAGUCUUUUGUUUACUUUGAAAAGCCUAAAGGAGUAGAUUUACAUGAAUGUUAUCCAACAGAUUAUGAUUAUUGUCCUCGAACAGUUAACAGUAAUAUUGGCACUGAAGAUAUGAUUAAAUGUGGACUUUACUAUGCUCCAGUAAAGUUGGCUGAUGGAUUUACGGCUAAAAAUGAAUGGUGUGCAGCCUGUAACAAUGUUACCAUCAUUGGUUCCGUUUGUCCAGAAACUCGUCCUCACUAUGAAAGACCGCCAGUCACCAUAAAUUCUGGAAGACAUUUUUCUCUUCCAGUUAUUCUUGACAUUGAUUUUACAGCUGGAGGUUUGAUUGUCGGUACACAAGAACGUUGUCCACCAAACCAUGUUUACGAUCCAUGGAAGAGAGCUUGCCGAGUGGUUACUUGUGAUCCUGAUGCUCAACUUGAGGGAGAUCGAUGUGUUCCCACAGCUGAUUAUCACUCGGGUACAACAUCAGCUUUUCAAGUUUGUCCAAAGAUUAGCUUUAAUCCGGAAGAAUACAUUAUCUUUCCCAAUGGAACAGCUUAUAUUGCCUCAAGGGAUAAGAAGAUUGAACCAGGACAUUAUCGUAUUGAUGUAGCUUCACUCAAAUUAUCCAUCUGUGCUCAUUCCCAUGUAAUCUUGAUUGGAAAAUUCAGCCGAACCCAUGAUUUUCUUUCCAACAUUGGUAUUUCAAUAUCAAUUGUUUCACUUUUGGCCAAAAUAAUUCUCUUCUUUUGCCUUCCUGGUCCUCGUCGCACAGCUAAUAUUGUUAUCCUCUUUCUCUGUAUAUCACUUCUAUUGGCUCAAUCACUUUUCCUAUUUGGCAUUAACCUAACCUCAAAUCCACUCUGUUGUCAAAUUAUUGGCAUUUCAAUUCAUUAUCUUUUUUUGGCAACUUUCUUCUGGAUGAAUGUUCUUUCCUAUGACAUCUUCUGUACCUUCUCAAUGGAAAGACUGGUUCCUCAGGUUAAAAUAUCAUCAACUCGACAAAUCAUUUCUUAUUCAUUUUAUGGUUGGUUUACACCUUUCAUAGUCAUUCUCAUUUCAACCAUCGUUGACCAAUAUGCUAAGUCAUCUAUUUUUGCCCCCAACUAUGGCCAUAAAAUGUGCUGGGUUUCCAAUCGUCUGGCUCUUCUUGUUUUCUUUGCUGCUCCAGUUGCGAUUCUUUUAAUAACGAACUCAGUUUUCUUUGCUUUCACUGCAACUCGAAUCAACAAAAUAUCCAAAAUUGGUAAAUUGGCUCGUGAAAAUGUCGCUAUCAGACGUAAAACGUUCAUCAUUUAUACAAAAUUAUUCCUGAUUAUGGGUUUAACAUGGAUAUUUGGCUUUGUCGCAGCUUAUGCUAACAAUUCAUUCCUUUGGUCACUUUUCAUUGUCUUUAACAGUCUCCAAGGGUUUUACAUAUUGAUCGCAUUUACUGACUUUAAAUGGGCCAAUCUUCGUAAUUUAAUUUCAUGUCCAUUGCAACGAGUAGCCACAUCAAGUUCAUCAAUAGCUACUGCAACAACCAUUUCAACUGAACAAUAAAGUAAACUGAUGAUGAAAAACA